AUGGUUAUUGUUGGGGUGUCCUUGGUGAGAGUUGGUGUCAAUGGUGAGGAGUUGAAAUCCGAUUCUCUAGUACCCUCUAGUACAUAUUGGGUUAUUCCUUCAGUUUGGUAUACGUUUUUAGUUACUAGUCAUUGCAUAAUAAUGAUUUUCUUUUAUUUGAUGAGUGGAUUUGAAUUAGAGUUGGAUGAACUCUUUAUCUUCACCAUCUUUUUCUUUAUUUCCAAUAGGAAAGUAAAGGAAUGUCUUCUUCACAUUUGGCUGUUUUCUGUCACUAAGAUUAUUGUUGUGCCGUUGUCACUUGAUUAUACACGCUUUCAACUUCUUUGGCUAAUAAGAGUACUCCAGAUGAAUAGCGCUAAUUUAAUUUGUACUGUGCUUUCAAUUAUGACAGCAUUUAGGGCAUGUUUCUUUGCAUUUAUUGAAAGAGAAUCAUUAAUUUAUGAACCGCCUUCGUAUUUAAGAAGUUGA